AUGGCCGACUUGCUCAGAGCUCUCGGGGAGAUUAAAGCGUUGCCAGACGAUCUUCACCUACUCUGCCCCCGCCAGGAUGCCGACGAUAUAUCGCCGUACAAGGAGAGAGAGGUCGAUAGGGAAAGAUGCAAGAAGAAGGACGAGGAAGCGUGCAAACGACUGGCGAAAAUACGAGAGGCAAAAGAAGAGGCGAGAUUACGUCGAGAAAAACUCCUGUCCUGCAUGCCAUUAUUGGCUUUUAGUGAGCCGGAACUGGUAGAACAUCAGACUUGGAUUUGGGAUCGUCUCCAGCGGAGCCUUGAGAGCUGUGAGCUCUGCAUCAUGGAAUAUUACAAGGCCAAGUCGUGGUUGUGGGAAACACUUCGAGAGCACUACGAUGAAAGUGAGGUCGAAAAGUUUGGAAAGAUGCUAGAUGAUUGGGACAUACGGCGCAUUAUUGGACAUUUGGAUGCAGCGUCUAAAAUCCUGGGUGGACUUGAUCCAUCUGAAAGGUCACCGAGGGUUUUGGAUAGGCCGAUAUUGUGCUCCUUUUUCGAGGCAUUGAACUGCGAAGCGCUAUUGAAGCGAGAUGCCGAGUUUCGACAACAUUUCGACGAACCGUUCAAAUUGGUCCAAACUCAUCAGCGCUUGCGGAUCGCGGAGUAUGUGCCUGGGCUGACGCGGUUCCUGUUCGAUGCGGAUCCCCUUCGAAACAAAUGGGCAGUCAUUGCUUGGGAGAAGAUAUCCGAACCAUUGGCAGAAGAAGAUUUCGAACAGGCAGUCAAAGAGCCGCUUAUGUCUGUUUUAUACCAAGCGAUUUGUGUUCCUUACCAACCAGAUCUUGUUGAGAGAUUAUGGCGUGGGUUAUAUCUAGUGGUUCAAAAAUGCAACGAGGUAAUCAUCACCCAUAACCUACGGGCACUUGAAAUCGACAUCUGCCGAGUAUCAGUCGACCACCUUGAAGUUCCGGCUUCAUGCCUUCGGCCUCUGCUAAAUACGAUACGCAUCCUCCUUGAAAAGGCCCCGAAAGGGUUCUGGGAUGCUAUGCAGACAAUCCCGCCGCAAGCUAUCCUCGAACGCAUCUUCCACAAUCCACAGUACGACCGGUUUUUACGGGAAGCUGCCGAAGAUGAGCCGUUUGACGUGUCGGCUUUGAAAGACAUGUUAAUCUUUAUGGGACCAUUUGUGUCUUCGCUUUUAGAUGCUCACAGACCUCAGGCAUGCCGAUUUUUAAUAGACCAGCUCCUUACCCGCCUGCAAGGGCCAGAAUUUCCAGACUGGGUUAAAUAUUACUGCAAUCAAGCAGGCCUGUCGGUUAUACUUUUAUUGGUGAGAAGCUUCACCGACAACGCCUCCGCCAGAAGUUCCGUGGCUACCAUUGUUCUGUCCGAAACGCUAGAAAUUGUCACGAAACAGAUUGAUAUCAUAUUUAACCCCCCUAGAUUUACCAUUCAGGGCAAAUCGAAUGAUCUUACAUCCCUCUGUGCCGACGUCGUGCGAAAUGUCCUGGCUUUCGAAUGUCAAUCCCUUCGAGCUGAUUACGAGAUGAUUCUCGAGAACAAAAGCAUGCAACAAAAUGUCAGCACGUAUACUCCGCUUGUCUGGGACCAAGUCGUUAGGCACCUCCACGAGGGCAAUGUCGCGUUAUCGCGUGCAGCAUUAAUCGGCUUAUAUCCCCUUCCUGGUCUAGAAAAAUUCCCAACUAGAGGCGAGCAUAAUACAGAAAAGACCCAUUACAAUACCAUGUAUGGCCAUAUUACGCAUUGCUUUUGUCAGGUAUUAGAACGGCUGGCAGACUUCAAGCCCGAACACCUUGAUCAGCUAUUUCAGGAUUCUACAACGCCUUUAGCGCCGAUAUCAGCACUAUUUUCCGCAGAUUUGAAUACGUAUCAGGCCGCUGUUGACCUUAUCAAAGCAGUCAGUGGUCAAUCUGGACGGAAAGAAGCAAUCUCGCAUUUGUUCCAAGCCUUUUGGGCUCCUACGUUGUACGCGUUUUGCUGGUCGUAUCGUCGAAUUGCCAAAAUGAAAACUUUCGCAUCUGCACCGAGGAUGGUGAAGACCGGAACGGACAUUAUCGAUGUACUGUGCGACACUCAAACAGGGAUCCUAAGAACUCGGAAACUGGCCGACGAUACUGAGAUUGGCUCUCUUCAGAAGCUCUGGGAGUAUCAGUGGGCGGGCCUAGUUACAAUAUUCAACGAGACGGAAGCAUGGCAUAGAACGGGAGUUGAGAGAAACAUCAUGAUGGAGUUUUGUCGCGACACCAUGCAGUUCGCAGAUUUGCUUUUCGACCAAUUCCCUAUAUUCGUGACCGCUAUUGUUGAAUCAAAGGCGCGAAUGUCUCAAUCUGCCAGUGAAGUGCUUCUCAAGGCGCCGACAAGGUCAUUGAGUGGGAUGGUUAAAUGGCUUCGCCUGAAGGAUGAAUAUCUUGCCACGACUUUAGGGGGAUUAGUGGUGAAGCUUUUGCGCCGCCUAGGAGAGUUGAAUGUCGAAUUACCACAAGAUGCGCUAGAUUUUAUACGAGCUGUGGCAGUGACAUCAGAGAUUAAGACGAUUUUAACGCAACGAGAGAAGGCCGAGCUCGUUAGAGCGUUAGAGGCUUACUAUGGAGAGCCCUCUGCAACUGCACAGGCCGCGCCCGCGGUUACUAAGAAGCAGACGAAAAUAAUGGAUUUCGCAAAACCUGUGGAUAAGUCUGCUGCAACCACCCCUAAGGAAUCGACGGAGGAUGAAUUCAAUGACGAUAUUCCGGACGAUUACAUCCUGCAACUUUCAUCGUCUGUAGAACUUAACAAGGCAAGAUUGGCUGCACUGCCUAAGAAGCCCGAGAAGCGAGUUCCCGCAGCACCUAAGCCGAUCGUGAAGCCCCUAUUAGCGCAUAAUGUUCAGUCCUUCCGGGAAAAACGAGAAAAAGAGAGGGAAGAAAAGAGAAGACGAGACAAGCUAGAAGCAGAUCGCCGUAAAAAGAAUCUUGCUUUUCUUGGUGUUGCCGAACAAACAAUGGCCCAGGGCUCUGGCCUUGACUCAAUUACUGCCAAUGUCAUUGAACCCAAACCGGCUGAUAGUAUGAUGGUUUCCCAGACUACCUCUGAGUCGGAAAGUGAUGAUGAGGAUGAGGGAACGCUAGGACAAAAAGCACCUACAAAACCGGAUGCUGUUAGAGCGUAUGAAGAAAGUAAGAAAAUGCGGUUACAGCAGCGAAUGCCUGUCAAAAAGAUCAAGGUGGCUCGCUCAGCAAAGGAUAUGAGGGCAAGGUUGUCUCCGGAUCUGACACUGCUUCAUAAGACUUUGCUAAGUUGGGACUUCUUUGCAACUGGUGAUCUCCCUCCGAAUUGUGGGCGAACGGACUAUACUCUUGUUUCGAAUACUUUUGCAGAUGCGUUGGAAUAUCAGAGGACAUUCGAGCCACUUCUGAUUCUGGAAGCAUGGCAAGGAUUCCAAUCCGACAAAGAAGACGGCACGUUCAAAGCGUUCGAAAUAAAAGUGGCAAACCGAGUCUCUGUCGACAAUUUUGUAGAAGUUAGUACUUCUAUGGCACCACAAACAGUGAAGGAUUUUGGGCUGGGAGAAGCAGACAUAAUUCUCUUGUCUAAAAGCUCUAAUCCAGCAACAGACAAACAGGCACCACAUUGUUUGGCUCGAGUGAGUGGCCUAGUUAAGAAAAGGGGACAAAUGGAAAUAACGUUCCGCGUAAACCCCAUGAACCCAUUGAUAAACGCUAUAUCCCCCGGCGCGAGCCUAUACAGCAUCCGCAUUUCGUCGUUGACGCCUCUCGAGCGAGAAUAUGGUGCUCUGAUGGCGCUGAGAUACUAUGACCUGAGCGACGAGAUCAUCAGGGCGAAGCCGUCUCCGAUACUCAACUAUAGCGCAGAAGCGGUAAAAAAUAUUUUAAAUACGUAUAACCUGAAUCUUGCACAAUCAAAAGCAGUCAAAUCUGCUAUUGAUAAUGAUGCCUUUACGCUGAUUCAGGGUCCUCCAGGAUCGGGAAAAACGAAAACCAUCGUUGCACUCGUAGGUGCUUUGCUUAGCAACACGCUUUCUGAGCAUCGAAUUGCUCCGCCUCGACCUGGUGAUAAGACAGCUCGUUCUAUGGCUAAAAAAUUACUGGUUUGCGCGCCUAGCAACGCCGCCGUAGACGAACUUGUAAUGCGAUUUAAGGAAGGCGUAAAGACGUUGUACGGCAGAUCCCAAAACAUUUCAGUUAUCCGUCUUGGUCGAAGCGAUGCUAUAAAUGCAAAUGUCUUGGAUGUCACUUUAGAUGAACUCGUGAACGCGAAACUCAGCCAAGCUGGUCAGAAGAACGGGAACGAAAGGGAUCUCCAAAGCCUUUACACAGAGCACAAAGAGACGUCGAACAAAUUCAACGAAAUUCGAGAACGGUUAGACCAGUGCCGCGCAAAGGGUCAAGCUGUUCCGAAUGAACUUGAUCGGGAGUUUGAUUUGUUGAAACGAAAGAGAGCACAGCUCAGUCAAGCAAUCGAUUCCGCUAGAGAUAAGAACCAGGCGGCCGCUCGUAAUGCAGAACUUACACGCAGGAAAAUACAGCAAGAGAUCAUCGAUGGCGCCCAUGUUAUUUGCGCUACGCUGAGUGGCAGUGGCCAUGACAUGUUUCAGACUUUGAGCAUUGAGUUUGAAACUGUUAUUAUCGAUGAAGCAGCUCAGUCUAUCGAACUGAGUGCGCUUAUUCCGCUGAAAUACGGCUGCUCGAAAUGCAUCCUGGUCGGUGAUCCAAAGCAGCUGCCGCCAACUGUUCUGUCAAAGGAAGCUUCAAGGUUCCAGUAUGAACAGAGUUUAUUCGUCAGAAUGCAAGCGAACCAUCCACAGGAUGUUCAUUUGCUGGACACUCAAUAUCGUAUGCAUCCGGAAAUCAGUCGAUUCCCAAGCACUGCAUUUUACGAUGGACGGCUCCAGGACGGCCCAGAUAUGGCGCGAUUGCGGAUGCGACCAUGGCAUAACACCUCCUUACUCGGACCAUACCGCUUCUUUGACGUCCAAGGAAUGCAUGCAAGUGCCCCUAAAGGCCAUUCCCUGGUUAAUCUAGCGGAGCUUAGGGUGGCAAUGCGGCUAUACGAGCGCUUGAUCGCGGAUUUCCCUACUUAUGACUUUUCCGGGAAAAUUGGCAUCAUCACACCGUACAAGGGCCAGCUGAGGGAACUCAAGCAACAAUUCGCCAACAAGUAUGGAAACGCAAUAUUCAAAGCAGUCGAAUUUAACACAACCGAUGCUUUCCAGGGCAGAGAAUGCGAAGUGAUUAUAUUCUCCUGCGUCAGAGCUUCAAGCCAUGGCAUCGGUUUCUUGGCUGAUAUCCGUCGUAUGAACGUGGGUUUGACUCGUGCAAAGUCCUCUCUUUGGGUUUUGGGCAAUUCGCAAUCGCUUGUUCGGGGAGAAUUCUGGCGAGGGCUCGUCAAAGACGCUCGGGAGCGGAAUCUAUAUACCGACGGCGACGUGUACAAACUACUACAAACACCGCAAAAGCUCUUGGAGCCAAACGAUAUUGAAAUGGUGGACGCGCCGCCGGACAGCAUUCCCGGCUCAGAUCUACCCUCAAGGCCAGCAUCUGCCAUGACAGGAGGCACUGGAGGUAGUAGACCGUCGUCGAGGCUUUCGGGUAGCCGAUUCUCGGUUGGGAAUGAAACACCUACAAACCUAUCGAUGGACGACACUCCGUCGCGCAGCGCUAUGUCCACACCGGUGCAGCCACUAGACAUACCUGGAGGCGGGGGCAAUGGUCUGAAUGAGAAGUUGGCCUGUGGAUACUGUGGAAGCCUUUUGCACAUUUCGCAAAAUUGCGAUAAUUUUGAGGCCAAGAGUAUCAGUCAAGGAACAUGCUUUAGAUGUCGCAAAGAAGGCCAUUCAAAAAGAGACUGCACCGCAAUUCGAUGUGUAGAGUGCGGUAUGUUUGGGCAUAGUGCUGAAGCGUGCAAAUCCACGCAGGUUCUGAGCAAAUCAGCGAAAGACAGGAUCAUGAGAGAUGAGCUUCAGUUCAAACUCCUCCAAAAACGCAAUGUGGAGCGCCGGAAGGAAAGACAGCUUGGAGACCAUGAUCCCAAGGUUCCUAAAAUCCAGGUGGCCCCGACAGUAUCGACUCCCGGACCACACGGAUCACCCCAGAACGGACCGAAUGUGACUGAUAUUGCUGGGAAACGAAAACGCGGGAGCUUGGACUUGCCUGAUACAAAGGGAGCCAAAGUGCCGAGGUCAAACCGAGAUGGGCCUGUUCCCAAUGCACCAAGAGGACCGAAAGGAAAGAGGAUUGAUCCUCAUUCAGUUGCUCCGCCAGCAAGCGAUCUUGUGGUACCGUCUAAAGACAGAGCUGGCCAUCGACCAAUUGAUGCAAAAACGCACGAUAAACUUGCAGGGCCUGGCCAUAAUGUAAAUAGCUCGUCGGUUGCGCAACCUGCGGCACCACCAAAAAGGGUAGACAGGCCCCCAUUUCGGAAGAAAAAGCCAGUAGACCCGUUCAUUCGUCCCAAACGAAGAUGA